AUGUUCCCCAAUGGCACUGCCUCCUCUCCUUCCUCUCCCAGCCCCAGCCCGGGCAGCUGCGGCGAAGGCGGCGGCAGCAGGGGCCCUGGGGCCGGCGCUGCGGACGGCAUGGAGGAGCCUGGGCGAAACGCGUCCCAGAACGGGACCUUGAGCGAGGGCCAGGGCAGCGCCAUCCUCAUCUCUUUCAUCUACUCCGUGGUGUGCUUGGUGGGGCUGUGUGGUAACUCCAUGGUCAUCUACGUGAUCCUGCGCUAUGCCAAAAUGAAGACGGCCACCAACAUCUACAUCCUGAACCUGGCCAUCGCCGAUGAGCUGCUCAUGCUCAGUGUGCCAUUCCUGGUCACCUCCACGUUGCUUCGCCACUGGCCCUUCGGCGCGCUGCUCUGCCGCCUCGUGCUCAGCGUGGACGCAGUCAACAUGUUCACCAGCAUCUACUGUCUGACUGUGCUUAGCGUGGACCGGUACGUGGCCGUGGUGCACCCCAUCAAGGCAGCACGCUACCGCCGGCCCACUGUGGCCAAGGUGGUGAAUCUGGGCGUGUGGGUGCUCUCGCUGCUUGUCAUUCUGCCCAUUGUGGUCUUCUCGCGCACAGCGGCCAACAGUGAUGGCACGGUGGCCUGCAACAUGCUCAUGCCUGAACCCGCUCAGCGCUGGCUAGUGGGCUUCGUGUUGUACACAUUUCUCAUGGGCUUCCUGCUGCCCGUCGGGGCCAUCUGCCUGUGCUACGUGCUCAUCAUCGCCAAAAUGCGCAUGGUGGCCCUCAAGGCCGGCUGGCAGCAGCGCAAGCGCUCGGAGCGCAAGAUCACCCUGAUGGUGAUGAUGGUGGUGAUGGUGUUUGUCAUCUGCUGGAUGCCUUUCUAUGUAGUGCAGCUGGUCAACGUGUUUGCGGAGCAGGACGACGCCACGGUGAGCCAACUGUCGGUCAUCCUCGGCUACGCCAACAGCUGCGCCAAUCCCAUCCUCUAUGGCUUCCUUUCGGACAACUUCAAGCGCUCUUUCCAGCGCAUCCUGUGCCUCAGCUGGAUGGACAACGCCGCCGAGGAGCCUGUCGACUACUACGCUACCGCCCUCAAGAGCCGCGCUUACAGCGUGGAGGACUUCCAGCCGGAGAACCUAGAGUCCGGAGGCGGUGUCUUCCGUAAUGGCACCUGCACGUCUCGGAUCACGACUCUCUGAGCCUUGGCCACGCAAGGGCCCUGCGCAAGGCAGGAGGAGGAAGAUGAGGAGGAAGGGAGGCCGGGUGCGAGAGGUGAAAGUAUCCCAGGCGUCUGGGUGCGGUGGGGCAAAGUGGGGCUAGGACACUGUGUGCGCGUGGGGGGGAAGUGACCCGGGAAAGUCGCGCGACAAAGGUGGAAUUGGGCACUUGGCUUAUAAAUUGGGAAGGCUCGCGGGCCCCUUUCCCCUCUGUCUGCUACUUUCGCUCCCUCCUCCGCUGCGCUUGCAGUUCUGAGCCCCGCUAUGCUCCCCACUCUGUAACUUCGAUCUUUCCUUCUGCCCCGUCCUGCAGGUGCAGAUCAUGAACUCAUAAACGUCGUCAACUCAGCCUGACCCUCAGCCCGGCCAGCGGUUAUUUUUGUUUAAGCUGAGCCGCAGUUACCGCCACGGGUUUCCCACGGGGUGAGUCCCCAGCUCGCCCUCCGCCCCGCCCUGCCGCGCCCCUCCGCUCGCCAGAUUUUGCCUGGUGCCCCUAGCGGAGUCUGGAGAAUCACCUCUCUCCCUUUGCUCAGCUCUAUUUGAAAGAAGUAGGACUCGGGAAUGAACUAGGCGGUUGGUCUUCUCUCCUACUCUCGGGUGAAGUCGUGCCCUUCCCGGAACCCCAUCACCACUCCCAUUCCACCCAGGGCGGAGCCAGGUGCUUAGUAAAAUCGGUCCCGCGCUCCGAACCCCAGGCAUUCUGCAGUCCCCAUCCAAACCCCCUUUGGAGCAAAAAAGGAACUGAACGAGCGACCCAGGAGUUUUUGGAAGAUUCCGGGGUUUGGCGGAGAGGGGGUUGUAAUAGAAACCACCCUCUUUCCCGGCUCAAACUAGCGCUUUUGAUUUCAAAGACCAAGUGCUGGGCACUCCCGGGACAACAACGCUGGUCUGAGUUGGCCCGGCAGGGCAGGGCGCGCUUUCUCCGGGGCCGCCCGGGAGUCUGCAGCUACACUACGAUUGCUCCCUCACCUAAGCCUCUGGCCGUGCAGAUGCAGAGCAACCACAGACUCGGUUUCCUGCCCGGGUUUAUCUCGAAGACCAGGCACCGGGCCAGGACCUCGGUGGCGCCUUGUGAGCCUUGGCCAAUCGCGAGCGCGUUGCUGCCGCCCGCAGGCUAAAGAGUGAGGCCUGCCCGGCCCUUGAAGGUUGCUGCCUUUCAAGCGGUGCCUAAUAAGUUAUUUCUUG